CCUGCCCCCUCGCCCCGUUAAUUAGAAUCGAAGCUUAAGCGAGGUGCGAGAGCUCGAGUCUCAGAUCUGAUCUCUGCGGCACCACCUUCGACACCGCCACCGGCAUCGUUCAUGGAGGCGAGUCAAUCCGGUCCCGAGAGAGACAGAGGCAGCGGUUUGCCGUCGUCUAUCAACGUUGUCUGCAGCUUCUGGAGAGAUUUUGAUCUAGAAAAGGAAAGAAGUGGGCUUGAUGAACAAGGGCUAAAGAUUGCUGAAAACCAGGAAGUUAGUCAGAAGAAUAGACGGAAGCUUGCUGAGAGUACUCGUGAUUUUAAGAAAGCAUCUGCAGAUGAUAAGCUGAAUUUGUUUAACUCCUUGCUUAAGAGUUAUCAAGAAGAAGUUGACAAUCUAACAAAGAGGGCAAAAUUUGGUGAAAAUUCAUUCCUUAACAUUUAUCAGAAACUUUAUGAAGCUCCAGAUCCUUAUCCAGCUCUUGCAUCUAUUGCUGAUCAAGACCAAAAGUUGUUAGAAAUAGAGUCUGAGAAUCGAAAAAUGAAGCUUGAACUUGAAGAAUAUCGAUCUGAAGCUACUCAUUUGAGGAACCAACAAGCUACAAUUAGAAGACUUGAGGAGAGAAAUCGCCAAUUAGAGCAACAGAUGGAAGAAAAAGUAAGAGAGAUUGUUGAAAUUAAGCAACGCAGUCUGGCUGAAGAAAAUCAGAAAACUCUAGAAGUCCUCAAAGAAAGGGAACUCUUGAUGCAGGAUCAACUAAGGCAGGCCAAGGAAAGCGUGAUCAAUAUGCAGAAAUUGCAUGAGAUUGCUCAAAGCCAGUUGUUUGAACUUCGCACUCAAUCAGAGGAAGAAAGUGCUGCGAAGGAAGCUGAGGUAAAUCUCUUAAUGGAUGAAGUUGAACGUGCUCAAACUCGGCUACUUAGUCUGGAGAGGGAGAAGGGACUUCUGCGUUCCCAGGUGCAAUCAACAGACGAAAUCAAUGAAGACAAGAAAAGUGAUGUGGAGAUGAACAUUAUGUUGGAGAGCUCCUUGAAUGCAAAGGAGAAAAUAAUCUCUGAGUUGAAUAUGGAGCUUCAUAACAUGGAAUCCACAUUAUUAAACGAGAGGGAGCAGCAUUUGAAUGAGAUAAAGAAGUUGAAUGCACUAAUCAAUGAAAAGGAUAGUACUCUGUUGGAGAUAAGAAGAGAACUUCAAGAAAGACCAACCACAAGAUUAGUCGAUGAUCUGCGUAAAAAAGUCAAAAUUCUUCAGGCAGUUGGAUAUAAUUCCAUUGAAGCUGAAGAUUGGGAACUAGCUAGUACUGGUGAAGAGAUGAGCAAGCUUGAGUCUCUUUUACUUGACAAAAACCGCAAGAUGGAGCAUGAGCUAACACAAUUGAAGGUCAAAAUAUCAGAGAAAACUAGUAUUCUAGAAGCUGCUGAAGCUAAGAUUGCAGAACUUACUGCCAAGGUGGAUGAACAACAAAAGCUUAUUACAAAACUGGAAGAUGAUAUUUUAAAGGGUUAUAACUCUACGGAACGAAGAGGAUCACUUAAUGAUUGGGAUAUUCAGGAAGUUGGCUCAAAUGAUGUAUCUGAGGGUUCAGAUCACAGAUUCACAGCUUCAGAUCAAGACCAAAGUUCGAUGCUCAAGGUCAUAUGUAACCAGCGUGACCGUUUCAGAACACGCUUACGAGCAUCAGAAGAGGCAUGUGAUCAUACAUUACCAAAUGGAAAUUAUGUUUUCUAUCUUUGGGUGCUUGCUUCAUUAUUUUUUAUAAUGUAUCAGGAAGUAAGGCAAUUGAAGGAGAAGAUGGGGACACUGGUGGUAGAACUGGAAAAUACUAAGGCUGAUAAUGUAAAACUUUAUGGCAAGAUCCGUUAUGUUCAAGACUACAAUCUUGAAAAGCGCCCUAAGAAGUUUGCAGAAGACAUUGAAACAGGUAAUUCUGAUGUUGAGUCCAAGUAUAAGAAAAUGUAUGAGGAUGAUAUAAAUCCUUUUGCUGCUUUCUCAAAGAAGGAAAGGGAUCAAAGGUACAAGGAGCUUGGCUUACGGGAUAAAAUUACUCUUAGCAGUGGCCGUUUUCUACUUGGCAACAAAUAUGCCCGGACAUUCGUUUUCUUUUACUCCAUUGGCUUGCAUCUCCUUGUUUUCGCAUGUUUAUACAGAAUGUCAGCUUUGAGCUAUCAAAGAGCUACACCCGAAGCCAUUCUAGAUGCUGGUAAUCUCACACGAGUUUAGUGGCAUCUAAAAUCCAAAUUCCGGCACUACGACUUGUCUGAUGGGAACCAGUUGACUGUGUAUUUGAAGGAAAAUUAUUGUACAUAAUAAUGAGUCUUUCCGAUUUUUAUUGACCAAUUGGUUACUCUUAUAUCAGACAUGCUUAUUGUAAAAUAAAGAUCAAUUGCACUUUUCUGAAAAAUAUAUAAUUGAUUUUUUCUGAUA